AUGGGCAUUACCGACCUGUGGACAGUCCUCGGCCAAGGUGAAGUUCACCACAUUGCCGACUUUGCUGCUGAUCACUUCAAGCGGCACAAGAGACCCUUGCGCAUCGCUGUCGAUGAGGCAUGUCGGCGCUUCACCAAUCUAUCAGAUGAGCAAGUGCGCAGGAUACGGGAGGAUACGCCGAAUGCGAAGCCCAUGGAGAAGACAAUCAAUCCUCUGGCGGAUAUUCAGGCUGUGGAAACUCAAUGUCCAAUUGCUAUUCGUGUGGGACGGGCUGCGUUCGGCUGCCAGACAUUGAACAAGAAGCACAAAGGCGACAGCAAGCGACCCGAACAAGACUACAUCCGGGUGUAUCGUGCAGAUACAAUUGCUCGUGAGCUGGAACUUGAUGCUAAUAGCUUUGUACUGUUCGCUGUCCUCGUCGGAGGCGACUAUCAUAAACCAGGCUUACCCGGGUGUGGCGCAGGCACCGCAAGGAAAGUUGCAAAGACGUCGAAGGGGCUUGCAAAAGCCCUCGUUGAAGCCUCAGAUCACCAGAUCCCCGCCUGGAAAGCGCUCCUAGCCAAUGCUAUUCGUAGCGUAGACAUCCCUCCGGAUUUCCCGGACAUGAAGGCCCUGAACGGCUACAGACGACCUGCUGUAUCUACCCCAGAUGAAUGCAGAAACAUACACCGGCUGCGAAGUGGGUGGGACAUCAAGUUUGAUCAAGCCAAAGCUCGACUGCUGCUGCAUGAAAACUAUCAGCUGGACACGCGAGACUAUCUCAAGCAUUUUGGGUGCGUGUUCCUUGUUCGUAGGCUUGCACGUAUACAGCCGAGUCAACGCGAGGAGAACUUGAGGUACAACGUGAAGUUGAAGCCGACUCGAGCGAUCAAGAGUGCGGAUGGGGUUGUGCAAUUGAAGACAGAGGCAAAGAUCACGUAUGCAGCCUCACUGCUGGUAGAUAACGACCCGACGACCAAAUCUCCCGAAGAGGAUUGGACGAAACACGCAGCCAAAGAUGGCACACCCUACAACCCAACGGAGAAUAUUGAGGGCGAGGUCUUGCGAUGCUUUCUGGAGCACGGGCUACCACCUGGGACGUAUGACGCUCCGGUAAAACCUAAGAAGAGCAGAGCCAAGAGCGUGAAAGCUAUGGAAGCUGAUGAGCAAAUCUCGGAGAGCAAUGGAGGCGUGGCUGACGACAAUAUCGCCGGACAAGCCCAGCCAGCCACCACCUCGAGGAAGCGCAAACGACCAACCAAAUCUCAUGCAGAAGAUGUCGCUCAAUCAGUAGCACCCAAAAAGCGCAGCCGAUCGUCCAACAAUGACUCUGGGGGCCCGAAAGCCAACCGGACAGGGAAGGGAAACAACGAUGCUGCGGGAACACCCUCGCCACCACCAAUGACUUUCAAGAUCCCCGCUGCCAUGAACAUCGGCGCAGACGUGGUUGACCUUUGCGACGAGAGUGAGAGCGAGGAUACUGCGCGGCAGACCGAAAGUGAUCUCUUCACGCCUCCUGCAUCAACGCCGGCGUCAGCUUCAAAGAUGAAAUCUGCCUCUGUACCAGUUUACCGACCCCUUCGACCUCUCGCGCUGUCACAAGAAGCCAAAGAGGCUCAGGUAGCCAAGAAGAGCUUGUCCCAAGUUGCAACGCAAUUGCAGCAGGUGAAGGUCAAAGCGACUGGCCAAAAGGCUCGAGACAGUGACGCAAAGAGGGAGAAGAGGACGGCUCCACGUGAGUCAUGGGGAGCUGCAGACAGGCCAAUAUCUCAGCAAAUCUCGACUCCAGCCGUUCCAGUAGCGGCAUCAGCACACCAAGCACAUACGUCCGCUCGACAGCCUCAUGGAGUGCAAAAAUAUGAUGUUCUCAAAGUCACCAAAGCCCCUGUACCUAUGGCCGAAACGCUCGUCCCUGGCAAGACUAUAACCCCAGGCACCUUGCGAGAGCUUAGAGCAGCAGCGUUCUCUCGUAAGAUCGAUGCAAGUAAGCUGGACGAUAUUCACCUCGCCGCUUCUGUUGUCCCAAAGCCGCCGGUCGCCAGAGAAGUCAUUGACCUCACUUGA